CUUAAAAUAUAUUUGUUUCAACAAACUUUUAACAAGAUUCAUAUUUUUCACAGCUUGAAAUACAUAGUUCAUGUUCAUUAUCUACUGUAUAUCUGCAGCGGCCCUUUUAGCCUCAGUGAUGACCUACCUUUGUAACUACUUUAAUGUUAAUUACGAUGAAAUUACCUUGUGAUACAAGAGUAAACCCUCUGAAAGUUUCUUGGCCUUUCUCUUUUCUCAUAUUACAUCACUGCCUCUGCCCUCUGACUCCAGCACAGUCAGCUGGCACAUGACGGGACCAUGUCGCUGAAACAUGAAGCUGCUUUACUUGAUACAAUUGAAUCUCAAAGACUGGGAGGGGGAACAGAUCACAAAGUGACAAAUGCUAAAAGAGAGAGAGAGAGAGAGAAAGAAAGAGAGAAAGAAAGAAGGAGAGAGAGGAAAGAUAGAAAGUCAGAGGACAGAUUCAACCUAUUUUCUGUUUGCAUGAAUUUGGCAAGGAUUAAAUACAAUCAAUCGCUAGUACGUAAGUAUUCAAAGAAUGAUUUUUUCUGUCUAUUUUACAGUAACCUGAAGGUGUCAUACAAAACAAAUAAGUGUCAUUCUAUAAGGCAAAUCUGUAUAGUUCUGUAGAAUGUAAACCAAACAGCCUGUAAGUUAAUAAUAUUGACUUAAAAUGGUAAGCUUUUCUUUGUGAAAGUUUAGCCAAGUGACAGUGAAUGGUCAUCAAGGUUUAAUGUGUACUGCAUAGUGCGACACUUUACUCUCCGAGUGUCUCCGCCAGCUACUAAAAAAACCCUAAUGCAGCCACCAUUUUAAAAAAAUCAACAAAAUGAGUUUGUCCUCGCUACCUUGAGUCUUGUCAAUGGAUCUAAGGAUGGCCAAGUUGGGAAUUGUCCUGUUUUCUCUUUUACUGGGACAAGUGGCGAUUAAUGGAGGUAAGACAACAUUAGCUCUUCGUUUUGUCUUUUGGUACUAUCAAAAUGAUUCAAUUUGUUUACCAAACGUUUCAAUAUUUUGCUUUUACCAAUACUUAGGGAGUAAAAAAGAAGACCAGAAGGAAGCCAUUUUUAAAGAACUGGUUGGGAUAUGGAGAAAAUUUGGAGGCUGGAAUCCUCACAAGACACAGCCACCUGUAGAAAGACAGCAAGAUCAACAAAUUCAUUCCAUAGUGAGGAGCAUUAUGGGAGGUCUCAAGUCUCUAGGUUUCUUGCCAAGAAAAUCUACGGGUCUACCAUCUCUAAAUAAAGCCUUUGAUCGAAACAGGCUCUCAGGAUUCCUUUAUAACAUCUCCAUGUACUUGCAAGAGAUGAGUGCAGAGUUAGACGAUCGACCGCGACCUUUCAGCAAUGACCAGUUUUGGGAGAACCUGCUCUACACUUUGCUUCAAACUGCAAGGGAAACAUCACUUGGACUACGGGAUGGCAAAACUCCUCCACGACCCAGUUUCAAGCUUCAAGAUCUGUUUCUGUCUCUCAGAGGCAGCCCACACUGGGAUGGGCUCCUAGGGUUAAUACAAAGCAUUUUGACCCUUACCGAGCAGCAGCCGCAAAAACCCAUCUUGACUUUUGUUUCCCAGAACUGGAAGACCAUCAGCGCUUUGCUCGAAACUGUACUUCAAGCUUUGGUUAGCGGGACUUACAGCCAAGCUGUUGCAGGUCUACAGGGUUUGAUCUGUGUCCUGAAAGGACGAAAUGACUGUGCCAUCAAUCUGAGCUGGCUGCAGCAGCUCCUCAGCUUUAUGGAAACCAGAAACUGGAAGCCUGUAGUCAGUCUACACCCUUUAAGUGUGGAAAACAGUCAAAGAGACGCGGCUCUCUCCACAGGACGUUUUAAGCCAUUCCUAGUGCCACCUGAGGUGCAACGUCAAGAGCAAAUCUUACUGAACCAAACGGGCUCUGAUUCAGAGAGUCUUGCUUCUCUGCAGGCACUGCUCCUGCAAGCUUUGUCAAGGUCAAAUGCAGGAGAAAGGGCAGUACAGUUUGCAGAGCGUAAUCCUGCUCUCCUGCAGGGUUUGGAUAACCUCAGACAUGGACUCCUGCACAACGUUGGCCGCAGGGUGUAUGGUAACCUGAGACGAAAAGUGUUGCAUAUGACCAAGGCACUGCUGGAUGAUGUGAGCACCAUGGUUGGAGAACCACAGUACAGUCAUCAUGGAAGAUGUUCAGUAGGUGACCUCAGACAACUGAUUUUGUGGGGAAUCAGACAUAACUUGACAUGGAACGCUGAAGCAAUGGGUUUCCGCUCAGAGGGUUUACCCAGCAGGCCAUCUUUCAUGUCCUGCCCUUCUUUAGAAGAGAGAAAAAGGACUUCGAAGCAACAACAACUAUCAUCUAGAAGUUCUAGACAACACCAGCAAUGGCUGAAUGUCUAUGAGCAUGGCGACCUGGACCUUUCACCUUCUGAUGAAAUUCUAGAAGCUGCUUGCAACGACUCUUUACCUGGUCUCACAGGGGUUUCAAAUUUUACGGUCUUUCUGUACUGUAAUCUUUUCGAGGGAAAUGACGGCUCACAGGACCCUGAAAUCAGCCAUUUAGGGAUAGACCUCCAUGCAACCUGCUCUGACGCAGCUUGGUACCUCUCUGCUGCAGAGCAGGAUUUUUUAUGGGUUCAUGUUUGUAGCGAAUUCUUUGCUCGCGAGUUUAACAAAACCGUGUGUGCCAACUCUACAUUUUGGUUGCAACAUGCUCAUCAGGUAGAAUCUGCUAGGGAUUACCAGUUCAUCAACCACACAAGCAUCGAUGACAUCUGUCUUCAGCUCUCCACAGAUGUUUCUGGGGGAUCUCAUCCAGAUGCCACUGAGAACUGCUUAGCGCUGCUGAGCAGCAAAGCUAUCACUGCUCAGGAUUUCAGAAAAUGUUUUCUGCCCAAUAACACAGCCCUCAUUGCCUCUCUGUGUGGUAAUGAGUCAUCGCAAGUACCCCAAGAUGGGAGCUGGGCAGCGGAGUACUGCUCUAAAGUCAACCCCAUUCACUCCUCCAGUGGGUCCAAAGACAGACUCUGUGACUACUCAAACUGGAAGAUAGAACAUUUUAUUAACUCCACCACUUUUGAGCUUUGCAGAACUACUGAAGGUCUGAAGGAUUAUAUUUGCAAAAAUAACACGCUGUACCUCAUGCUGGUCCGACAGCAGCCUUCUUUAUUAGAAUACUGUCUGAACUCUAAAGAGAAACAAGACAGCAAGUGUGUCCUCCAGCAACUGUUUGACAUGCUUCCAGCCCCAUAUGACUUUGACACCUCUCAACUUUGUGUCAACCCCUUGCCGAUUCUACAGGAAGCCAUUCAUCAGCUCACCCUAUGUGAAGUAGUAGUGGAUGAACGCACAGGCUGGUUAGCUACAGUGAGCUAUGUGCUGCAAGUUUUAGACUAUGUGGUGGGACUCUCUGAAGGUUUGGAGGAAGGAGAAAAAGAGGUGCGUCAAGGCCUGGGCCAGGCUAUUCUUCUGUCUAGCCUCCAGGACAAUGCUUCCUUCUGGGCAACUCUACGGCCAGAUGCAUCCAUGAGUGUUCUUCACACUGUUGGCAUCUUCCUCAAGAGGGAGCAAAACUCUUCCCUUAAAGAAGAAAUUUUAAGCUGUUUCAGUCAGCCUAUCCUGUGGGACCUGAUUCAGAGGGAGGUCAAUUCUUCUGCUUUACGGUUUUUAAUGCAGGAGUACCUACAGAUGCCCAGGGAUAGUAUUCGCAGUGUCGUACUGUCAGCAGAAAAAGAUGCAGUAAAACGAUUCCUUUCCUACGUUCAUCAGAGUUGGGAUCAGAUUCAAGUGGAAACCAUGCAGGUCUCUCCAAAGGAACAAGAAGCCAUGGAGACCAUGACAGCUGCUUUCAUUCACAAGUUUCCACGUGUCACACAAGAACUCUUUAUUGACCUCUCCCAGUUCAUACCAUACAUGUCCGUCUCUGACAUUAUGACCUUUCCUGCAUCUCUUAUGGUCAAUGAAAGUGUACUGAUGGCCAUUAGUGAUCACAGCUCGGAGAUGAAGUCCCCACAGAAACAGGCCUUUGUAAACCGGCUGUUGCAGUCCAAUGUAGCUGGAGAUGUCUCUACUUGGCCUCCAUACUUCCUCAGUUCUAUUCUGCCUCUGCUUCCAUAUCUCCCAGUCAGUCACUUUCAGCAGCUUACAUCUCAGCAACUCACCCCCUUAAUAGAGAUGUUGGGAAAUAGCAGCCUGGAUGCCACAAGGGGUCGCCAUGUUCUGCGUACUGUUUUCAACAAGGGAAAGAAUCUUACAAGUGACACUGUAUUAAGGUUAGGAGUUCUCAUAUGUUACCUGAAUUCAGAGGAUCUACAGCAGUUAUUGUCCUCACUAACUCAUUCAUCCACCCUGUGGCAGCAGCUGGCACGAUGCGUGUCAGAGGGACACAUUAGUGGGAGUGGCAGACUGUCACACUGGCUUGGAAUGGCUCUAAAAUCUUUAAACAGCAGUGUCUUAUCUGCUUCGGCACUGGCCUCAUUACAUGGGAUUCUGCCACAAAUGGGGGCUUCAUUCUUGGAGACACUGUCCUCAGUCGAGUUAUUGAAUAUUGUAACUUUGCCCGCUGUGCCCACUUUCCCACCUGCACAGGCAUUCCAGAUACUAAACAAAAUAGCUGAGGAAACAAACCUUAGUGCCAACACGCUCUGCAGAUUGAAGCCGUUGUUUUCAGGUCUGGGGCCUUCUGUCUUGGAAAAGCUAGUUUUAUUCGAGUCUACUGAAACAGCCGAUUGUCACUGUUGGUCUCAACUACUAUUUGACCUUCAGCCUGCUCAUCGGACAAUGGUCCUUUUAGCACUCCAACAGGUUCUGGAACGCAAAUCUGCAAACAUAACACAGCGAUUACAUUGUCUUCUACCUUUUGUCUCCUUGAGGAAAUUAAUGUCAGAUCUAGAUGGAGAGACAGUUCUUCGUCACAUAUCUCUGUUUAAGUAUAUGCCCUGGUCUCAUCAACAGGCUCAAAUGCUGUUCAAAAUGAUUCAUCGGACCGUGAACAUCACAAGAGAAUCAAUACUAGAUUUAGGUCGUAUUGCAGGCGGGAUGACCUGUGAAUGGUUGAGGCUUUGGGUCAAUGACUCAGGCUUCACUGAAUUAUUGCAGUUUAUCACUAAAUUGCCAGGAGGACUCAGACCUGCUUUGAGGAUGUGUAUUGUGAUGGAGCUACAGAAACAGGCAGACAUAGACCUUAACAACUUGGAACCCACAUUUGUUGCAAACCUACCGGUGACCAUGAUGGAGCACCUUUCUAAUUCCUCACUCAUAAGAGUACUGGCCUACCUUCGACAACACUUUAUUGACUUUUUGCAGCUGCCGCGACACAAGCAGGCUGCCUUGGCUGAGAAAGCUAUGGAUGUACUUGGCAUCUCUGAAGGUGGCCUCACUGGGGUCUCCAUGGACAUGCUUGGUCCUCUUCUGCCCUUUUUGGACAGGGAUGCGUUAGCUGACAUUGAUAGAGAGGCUCUCAAACAUCGACUGGAGGAGCUAAAACAAUAUUGCCUGCCCUCUGAUUCCUUCAGACAAAUAUCAGCUUUGCUUACAGAGAGGAGCAUGUUGGGGGACCCGAAAACAUGGACAGUUGGGGACAUUGAGCAUGUGGGUAGACUUGUGUUCACCCUUUCACCUCGGCAGAUAAAAUCACUACCACUGGGUGAUUUACGAAAAGACACAGUUGAGCAGGUCCUGAUGAGCCAGUGGCUUUGGAAAGAAAGCGAAGUGGGUAAAGCUUGCUCGGAUUUGAAAGGACUACGCGACACGAUCAACAGCCUCAUUCACAAGAUUAUUAGAGGUCAAUGGUGGAUGAGAAGAGGACCCAUUCCAAGCUGUGCAGAUAUUAAAGGAACGUUCCCCUCGGCAUGGAGGUCCUAUCAGCUGAACCGAAUGAAGAGGAGGGAGCUGAAGGAGUGUGUUGAAUUCAUGGGUCUGGAUGGCACGCUUGAUGCAGAGCAACGUGAAGCACUUUGGAUGGAACUCAGACCAGUUUAUAAGCCAGUGAGGCUUCUCAAACCAGAACGGGUGUUGGAACUGGGCUGUAUAUUGACUGGAAUGGGUGAAAGAGAGCUUCAGGCUGUUGACUUGUCCAAUCUGGCUGUGGUAGCUAAUCUUGGCAGUCUCAACGGAUGGAACGCUAAGAACAUGAGAGCAGCUGUUCUUGGCAUAAUGAGGCGACUUAAACGGAAGCCCGAAGAACUUGGUGUGCUGGAGCUUGUUUCCUUCGGACAUCUGCUUUGUGGCUUGACCUCUUCAGAAAUUUCCCAUCUAGACCCGUUCAACCUAAGUGUGGCUGCUUUGUUUCUGAGGGAGACCGCACUGCCAUGUUCAGGGCAGCAGACCGAUACGCUGACAUCACGCCUAUCCAAUCAUCUGGGCUUCGGUCCAGUCAGCAGCUGGGGCUCUGAGGUCUUUACUGAGAUUGGGACUUUGGCAGCUGGGCUAGACGACAUGAUAAUGUCUGCACUCAUCAAAGAGCAAAUAGAAGGAUUGACAUCAGCUGCAAUAGCUCGGAUACCUCCAAGAAAAUUGGCUGUGGUAUUCAGUGCUAUGCAGCUGUCUUGGCUGAGCCCUGAACAAGCGUGGGCAGUGACAGAAGAGCAGUGGGCAGAACUAGACAGCGAGCAGAGACAAGCGCUUGGCAUGGCACAAUAUGAAGGGGAACUCAUGUUUGGGCACAGAGGAAGGAAUCAGGCUCCAUCACUGCAUUGUGCUGACAGCUUCAAAGAGUGUUUAUUGGUUUUUGUCUGUGCAUUGUGGAAUUUGUUAUACAGAUGAUAAAAAAUGGUUUAUUUAUUCCUCUUUGUUGAAUUAUUACAUAAUUAAAUGUCACCUCAAACACAAAAUGGUCUGAAAGAUGAAUGCCAUCAGGGCAUGGAAGUUUUACUUUAUUUAACUCACAAAUAAACACUUCUGUAUUAAAUCAGUCACACUCUGCAAUAGCUGGAUGUGCAUUUUUUAUGCUAGUAAGAGAUCUCUUACAGAAACAAAAUGCACAUUUUUAAAGACCUACUAAUGUUUUAUGAGAUUAUUAGUUUUAAGAACAUAGUUAUGGAGACAGAUGAUCACUCAGACACUUAAACUGUACAAAUAAACAAGCCAGAUGAAACAUUGUUCUGUAGACCAUAUGGGUUUGUGUUUGUAUGAAACUUUUGCAAACAAAUCUAAAUGGUACAGUUCAUACGUUAACUACAGACAGGAGAGAAGCCUUAAAGUAUGCUUUCCUUCCAUUCUAAUGCAUUUAUAAUGCAAUAGGGCCUACAGCAAACUACAAUCUGUGCGGCUUCAUAAUGAGUGCUGUUCUUCGAAAUGCUUCAUACACAGACUCCUGACAAAUUAAACGCACAGUAGCCUGACCUUUGGGGAUUAAG